GAAUAUGGAAUCAAACCUUUUUGAUGCACUUUUUUAACUUUUCUGCUUUCGAGUCUAAUUCUAUAGGCGAAGGAUUUAGCACUGAAGUCUGCAUCCAGUGACAAUUCUUUCUCCUAAAAGUUUUUCGGAUGAAAAGAAUUUUACAUUUCACUUGAAAAGCCUGAAAAAGGAACAAAGGGAAAUAUAACAGCGGCUUCAUUCGUGCAGAAAUCCUGGAAACCAGAAAGACUGUACAAAGAAGUGACCCUUCAUGAUGUGUUACUGAUGUUAUACUGUAUUGUUUAAAUGUGCUAUUUGAAAUAUUACUAUUUGAAGUAUUGUGUAUUAUUUACAGAAAAACACAUAAAUAUAUUACCAUAUUCUGUGAGUUUCAACCAAUCAUUCAAACAGCUUGAAAUAUUAGAAUUAACAUGAUUUAGCAAUUCAAUAUUUUAAUGCUAUUGUAAUGGAUCUAUUUUUGUCAUUGAUGCAGCGAAGAGCUCAGUAUGUUAUAUCAAGUCAGUGAUGUUACAGUAUGUCAAACGCUUAAGCUCAAAAUACUUCCGUAAUCCUUUUGUGAAACAGGAAUGAAACAAAUAAAGGAAGUUUUAUUUAUGCAUUCAUGGUUUGUGACCUUCACUGAGUCAAAGAGUAAACAGCUUGCUUUACUUGUCUGCUGUACACGUACAAAUGGAGAUCGGUAGAUUUUUCUUUUUUUCUAAAAUAUUAUUAAUCUUCAUCGCUCAAAAUGUAAAGAAAUAAUAGCUGUGGGUUAUUUUCACUGUUCUACUCGCAUAUGUUGUGGACGACACCAUGUAACCAUUGUAAAAUGAAAGAAGGUUACACUUAGCAGAACGAUUCAAGGCCAUUGUUUCAGCUGACAGUUUCAGCACAUCUACGGUUGCAGGACAUCACCGGUUUCUCUCACAGCUCUGGUGUGAUUUCCAUCUACUCUUCUUCCAGUCUCUUUCAAAGUUUGGUAACUUUAUUGCCAUGGAUUUUCCAGACAUUUUCAGAUUAAUUUUGGAGUGUGACAAGGGAUCAUUGUCUUGCAUUAAAAUUGCAGGUUAAUUGAGAGAUCUUUCCUCGCAGGAAAGGAACCGCAUGUUGUUGAAGGAGGUUCUGAUAAACAUUUGCAUUCACCCUGCCAUGUAGCCGUCUAAAAGGCCCAACGAUGGACUUUUCUCUCUGUUUUUGUCAGGGACUCUCUGAAUUCCAACAUAGAAGAUUCUUUGUACAGUAUUCGGCCCUAAACCGUAGAACUAGAGCUUAGACAUUUCACACCAUACAGAUAUUGCAAAACCGAUUGCAUGCAUCUGCCACCAAUCUGUUUCCAAUUCUGUAAAUUCUGUUUUUUAUCGUAAUUAUAUUCUAUUGUUGUUCUAUUGUUGUCAAAAAAGUAUUUCAUUUCAUACUGUGACCAACACAAUUUGAAUUCUAUUUGAAUUUAACCUGAUACGGUUUCAUCUGUCCCACGGAACACAAAAACAAAACAGAACUGCCUUUGUUCUUCUUCCUCUUUCAUAUACAUUCUUUAGAAGUAGCUUUGUCACCACAUGAGUACACAGUUUCUCGGUCUCUCAAAGAUGAACAGCCAUAAUAAGACAUUUUGCCCUCCUGUAGCACAGCACAUCAGCCUAACUGUCCUAAUCUGCCUGGUCUACAUGACCGGGCUCCUCCUGAAUGGAUUCAGCAUCUGGGUUUUCAUCUUCCGGAUGUCUAAAUGGAACUCUGGGACGGUGUUACAGUUCAAUUUGGCAAUAAGUGAUCUACUGGCUUCACCUGCCACCCCUCUGAUGGCAGCCUACUUUGUCAACGGGAACAACUGGGAGUUUGGCCCCUUUCUGUGUGAGUUGAAGAUCGCCUUGAUCAGCGCUCACUUCUACGGCAGUAUCGUGUUCCUCACCCUUAUCAGCGUUCAUCGCUACGUGGUUGUGGUCCACUUCAAACGAUCGUCUCCAUUUAAACAUAAAGCCUUUGUGAAGAAGCUGUGUUUUGGAGUGUGGUGUUUUUUAUUAAGUGGCGCCAUAGUGUACGCCGUUCUGCUACCUGUUACCAAUGAAGACGGGCACAAGCAAUGCCUUUCCAUACAUCAAUCCAAACUCACCAGUGCGUACUUCAUUAUCAACUUUGUGCUCUUCACUCUUGGCUUUCUUGUGCCUUUCGUCACAGCUGCGGUUUGCUACAGCAGUCUGGCUCGAUCAGUAAUCAAGGUAAACGUCAUCUCUAUGCAUGGUCAGACAAUUAAAACAAAGUCUCUAAAGAUGAUAGGAUUGUGUCUGGUCAUCUUCGGACUCUGCUUCUUACCGCUCAACGUUACCCGGACUGUCGCGGUUGUCAUUAAAAAGUACUACCCUGAACACUGUCAGCUUCUGUUACGCACUGAAACAGCGUACUACUUCUCAUAUGUCCUGGCAGGAAUCAACUGUUGCCUGGACCCUCUUAUAUAUUUCUUUGGUUCACACAAUUUUAAUAAAGCUUUUAGAGGAUCUGUGAGAAUGGUAAGACGUCACCAGGAGAAAGAAAACAAAACUGAAUCAGAGACAAGUUACAGUACAAAUAGAAAUGCAAUCUAUACAAUAUCUACAGGAGUGGUGUUAUAGCAUUCCAGAGUAAAAAAAAACAUCCCUGUCUUAUUCCUGUAAAUAUUUUAAGGUAUGUUUGCUUGUGAUCUUUUUUCUGUCAUUUUGUUCAAUCAUAUUUCCUGUGAAAUUAUUUUUGUGAGGUAGUUUGUGAAUAAUGAGACUGCAAUGCCACUUCUGCAAUAAAUAUAACACACUGUGAGAAGGUUUUUAAUGGUUUAACUGGUUCCUUCAGCAGUUUAUUUUGCCAUGCUGGUCUUCUUAAUGUGUUUUAGCACAGUGCUGUUAAUCUUCUAAGAACAACUGGUAUGAUGUGUGUAGUAAUAUGAUGUAAAAGAUAAUAAUUCUUGUAAUGUAGUGUGACAUGGUGUUUAAAAUAUCUGUCAAGUUUUUAAAAAUUAUUAUUUCAUUUUUUUUAUUUGUUGUUUAUAAAAUGUAUACAUUUAAAUAUCAUAUUUGUCUUUAAUACAAAUAAUACAAGAUUUUCUCUUCUAGUUUAAGUGCUUUAAACUGAGAUAGAGGCAGAUCAUCAGAGAAACACGAGGCACACAUUUGCACACUCAUUCACACCAAGAAGCUUUUUGACAUCUGCAAUUAAUAAUUGGUCCUAAUCCUAAUAUAUUAUUGUAUCCAUAAUUAUAUAUAUCCAUAAUUAACCACUGGUACAUUUUGGGGUGGUUGGAGGAACCCAUAGACACUGAAGAAAGGCCAACAGACAUCUGGCAGACACAGAGACAAAAUGACACUCUGAGCUCUCGCUGGUUUGGUCCUGAGCUCAGAUUUCUGUCUGCAUGGAGUUUCACAUUUUAUCUCUUGUGACUCUUGGGGUUUCCUCUUGGUUUUGUGGUUUCCUCUUACUUUUCAAAAACAUGUUAUUCGGUGGACUAAUUUUGAUCCGGCGUGGAAAUGUGUGAGCACGGUGUCCUGUGAAGGACUGGCGUUCCUGGGCCUGAGCCUGAAGCCUAUUUAUUGAUCUAUUUAGUUUUAAAAUAAAUUAGUCAAGUAAUAAAGAAGCUGGUUUAGUCCUAAUUUUGUAGGGAUGAUCCAGUGUUACUUACACAGAUAAAACACACACUUGACUUGCUUACUAACCUAGUAGGAAGAUAUGAGUUUUUUGUUGUUGUUGUUGUUGUUGUUGUUUAGUUUUGUUGUGUUUUGUCUUUUUUUUUCUGGAAUAUCUGAAAUGAUUUUUUUUUUUAUCAUUGUUUACUUAUAUGUAUAUAUGGAUGUAAAUAAUGCCCUUUUUAAAAAAUAUAUAUAUAAAUAAAAUGUUUAUUCUUUUUAAUCUCCAUGUUUGA